AUGUCGUCGGGUUUUGGCCAACUAGUAAUCGGACCAGCAGGCAGUGGCAAGAGUACAUAUUGCUACUACAUGCAAGAGCAUGGAGGACUCAAUAGGAAAACAGUCAAGGUCUGCAAUCUUGAUCCAGCAGCAGAAAAUUUUAAGUACACUUGAGAUAUAGAUGUAAGAGACCUCAUCUCAUUAGAAGAUGUCAUGGAAGAGCUCGAAUAUGGUCCUAAUGGUGGCCUCAUUUAUUGUAUGGAAUACUUAUUAGAGAACAUGGACUGGCUUCAUGAUGAAAUCUGCGAGUUCGCAGAAGAUUCCUACAUUAUUUUCGAUUGUCCUGGACAAAUUGAACUUUAUAGUCACAUGACAAUCAUGACUCAAAUUACCAACAAAAUUAAGUCUUGGGGAUACAAUCUAUGUGCAGUGUUUUGAUGAGAUGCGACUAUUAGUAUGAGCCACUCAAAUAAUUUCAUUAGUAAUUCCUUAGUGUCCCUUUCCACAAUGAUGCAGAUAGAGCUUCCUCAUCUAAAUGUAUUGACUAAGUGAGAUCUGAUUGAAGAUAAGAAAGGAAUGGAGAGAAUCAUGGAUAGUGACCCCACACAGCUCAUUUCUAAUGAUAAGGAAGCAUCAAAGUUUAACAAAAAGUAUCAUGGCCUAAAUUCAGUGAUUGCCAAUGUCCUUGAAGAUUUCAGUCUCAUUAGGUUUGUCUCGCUCGAUGUUACUGAUGAGGAAAGUAUCGAAAGAGUCAUGAAUGAAGUUGAUAUGCUUGUCCAAUACAAAGACUAUGCUCUCCCUGAUGAUGCAGCAUAUAACCUCCAAGAUGAGGAGGGGUAAAUUGCAGGUUUUCAAAGAUUUAGUAAUCAGCCACCUCUAUUCAUUUUUCAAU